GACUCGCUAGGAAAUAAGGAGUCUAGUCCACGGACGGUUCGUUCAAAGCGCAGAUCUUCCAACUUUUAGAGGCUCAUCGUUGUCAGUUUAUCAACAGAGGCUUUUCCCUCGAUCGGAGUCAACCGUGUAGCCAGCCGAGGUCAUUUUGCUAAGUGCCCUCUUGCUCGUGUUUCAGAGAAAGCCCACUCGCUUUUCGCAAGCCUCAGCUCGCCCAGCCAUGGCCACGGACUCCAGCUUUGCUUCAUACACGAAUGGUGGCUAUGUUGGAGGUCCUCCAGGUUCGGAACCAGCGCCGCCGGGAAUGGAAUCAAGUAAGUUAGGCCCACUGGUCGACUGGUUAAUCUGAGUUCAGUGGUGUCCAAGCGGUCUGUGCGACACCGAAGGCAAAUUUAACAUGAUUGCUGGAAUUGUUGGACCGAUAAACGCAAUCAUCGGGGCAUUUGUGUACACUGCGAGUUUUAUGGGUUUUUAGUGUUUUCAGAUGUUUUGCGGUCGAGAGCGUGCUGCCACAAAAAGUAACAGAAAUUUUAACAGACAAAUUGUUGUUAAUAAACAAUCUCGUGUAAAUGUGCGCAUGACAGCGCAGGUCGGUGGGUGGUGACGUUAGAAAGAGCGAGCGUGGCCUCCUGCCCAGGGCAAAUACAAACAAACGACGGACUGAUUGAAAACUAUGAGUCCAAGUAUAAUAAAGCGAACGAAACUGAACAAAAUCUCGAACCCAAAUAAUGUCACUCUGAAUUCAAUUCUUGUUCGUCUGCUCUUUCGUUACAGAGAAUAUCAAAGUUGUGUAAAAUGAGCUCCUCACUCUCAGACUCUGGCCGACGAGCCUCCCAACGCUGUUGACAUCAGCUUGCGUCUCAGUCCGCGCUCAUUUUUCGUGUGAAUGCUCAACAAGUGAAUGUGCCAGUCAAAAUCUAAAGAACAGUCUUAAUAUUGGAUUGUUGUCAUACAUAUUAUAUAUAUUUUUUUUAUCUUAUUUAAACUAACAACUCUUGUACUUUCGGUUCAAGGGUUGUUGAAUCAAACAUCUGGACCAUUGGAUAAUAACGGAAAAUCUCAUUCUAAUCCGUCAAAAAAUUUUUUCAGUAUGAGUGUUGAUGAGCGAUUGUUUUUUGUUGCAGGAAGAAGCGAUUAUGAAAACAAAUUUUGACGGUUUUUCUGGUUGGAUAUUGACAUUGUUUUGAUAAAGUAUAAUUAUGCAAAACGAGAACAGUAGGAAAGAGUGAAAAAAUAAGAGUAGGGCGUAAUGUGAUUACAGAACUGCCCCUCGCGUGGCUGACUGCAACCCUUGCGAUAGGCUUUGAGAGGGCUUUGGCCCGUCUCGCGCCCAAUGUACUUUUGGUAAACUUUGUUCAAAAAUCAUUAGUCCUGGGACUGCAACUUUCCAUCAGAAAACAAAUAUAUCAAAAUACUGGGAAGCAAGUAACUGCCUAGAAUUAAUUAUGUUAAUUUUAAACCACCAUAUAUUAUUCUAUACAUCUCUUAGCUGUUAAAUUUGAUACAAGUGCUGUAGAGAAGUGCAAAAUUGCCAUGACAGAGCAUGCAAUGUUGCGCCUCUUUCGCCGCCUUUCUCAUUCGCAUCUCGUAUUUCAGUGGAGUUGACGUCGCCCGCCUCGUACGACUUUCCACACUUUCCAAUUCAGGAUCUCGAUCAGACCGAACAGCUCAUCGCUGGGCCAGGAGCAAAGAGGGAUGUCAUCCUCCAGGGUCUACUGGGCCACGGCCUACCCAAAUUGUCGUCCGAGCAGCAGGAUCACGUGAACCGGGCCAAGAAGUACGCCAUGGAGCAGAGCAUCAAAAUGGUCCUCAUGAAGCAAACUCUGGCUCACCAACAACAGUUGAUGGCCAGCCAAAGGACUUUGGUGCAGCGGCAGCAAGCUCUUGCCCUCAUGUGCAGGGUAUAUGUGGGCAGCAUAAGUUUCGAGCUGAAGGAGGACACAAUCCGCCAGGCGUUUUUGCCCUUUGGUCCGAUCAAGUCGAUCAACAUGUCGUGGGAUCCUGUCACUCAGAAGCACAAGGGUUUCGCGUUCGUUGAGUAUGACAUUCCUGAGGCGGCGCAGCUGGCAUUGGAGCAAAUGAACGGCGUGAUGAUAGGCGGCAGAAACAUCAAAGUGUGCAGUUUUAACCUCUCUGUCGGCAGACCCAGCAACAUGCCACAAGCCCAGUCCGUCAUUGACGAUAUCACUGAAGAAGCGAAACACUACAACCGCAUUUAUGUCGCCUCCAUUCACCCAGACCUCACUGAAGAGGAUAUAAAAAGCGUGUUUGAGGCGUUCGGACCCAUAAAGACAUGCAGGCUAGCCCCAGGCAGCUCCCCAAACAAACACAAAGGCUACGGCUUCAUUGAGUACGACACGGCACAGUCAACGACAGAAGCCAUUUCCUCGAUGAAUCUAUUUGACCUUGGAGGUCAGUACCUGAGGGUUGGCCGUGCCAUCACGCCUCCCAACGCCCUGCAGGUCAACACCGCCACCAAGAGCUCUGUGCAGUUAUCGUUUCAGCCGUUGGCGGCUAACCAGAUGCCCACAGCGGCCGCCGUAGCAGCGGCGGCGGCCACGGCUAAAAUACAGGCCAUGGACGCGGUAGCGAGCAACGCAAUGGCACUUGGUCUGUCAAAGUUGACAACGGCGGCUCCUGUCAAACCGGCCAUCGUGGUGCCCACUGGCCUCUCACCCGUCGGGGUCCAGAUGCAGUCGCAAAGCCCCGUCAUCAUUCCACCUCCAGGGGUUGCCAUCCCACAGCUUGGUUCUACGCCUCCCAUUAUAACAGCUUACCCUGGUGUGGUGCAACAGCCUGUCACCGUCUCCCCUUCUAUUCUACCAGUCACGCAAGCACAAAACAGUGCCAAUGAAGCUCUUAAGAAAGCCCAGGAGCAAGCACAGAAGCAGCAAGAAGAAUUACAGAAAAAACUUAUGGACGACUCUGAGCCACAAACGUUGCAGGCACAGGAGAAUCUCAGUAUUAAGGGACAGAGUGCAAGACAUUUGGUUAUGCAGAAGCUGAUGAGGAAGACUGAGCAAAGUCGGGUUGUCAUCCUUAGGAACAUGGUUGGCCCAGAGGAAGUAGAUGAAACGUUGCAGGAGGAAAUCCAAGACGAGUGCACCAAAUUUGGUAUUGUGGACAGAGUUAUAAUAUAUAAGGAGAAGCAAUCAGACGAUGAUGAUGCAGUAGACGACAUCAUAGUAAAAAUAUUUGUGCAGUUUUCGAAAUCCUCCGAAGCAAUUAUCGCAAGGGACGCCCUUAACGGGAGGUACUUUGGGGGGCGGCUCGUCAGAGCAGAGAUCUACGAUCAAAACCUGUACGAUCACAAUGAUUUCUCAAAUUAGGCUUUUUUUAUUUCAAUUUUGCCGCUGCGGUCACUGCUUAGCUGGAGAAGUGUAAUAUCUAUUUCAUAAAUAGAGAGCCACCUCAUAUUUUUACUUAUGUACUCAAAAAUUGUGAGCGUAAAUGGUUUUGAGUCUAAUCAUGUGAAAAAUAAAUCAUUUAAUUCUUUUAUAAUUUUGCUUGGAUGUGUAGCUAACGAGAAUCGUAAAAUAAAAUAUAGUGUCUUUAAGUAAAAAA